AUGGGCGUUAAUAAUAGACGCAGUCUGCAUCGGUUCUGUCUAAGUGCUGUGAUUAUUACUGCCGGGUGGACAAUAUGGAUCGCUUGUUUUUCUAAGCUUGGAAUGCCGUCCACUUCAGCAGAAGCAAUGAGCGACCAGACUUUAGACUACUUUCUCCAGAAGGGCAGAAUCCAAAACAAGGAUGCGGCAGAAAUCGAGUGGUACCACGCUGCCAACAGCCAAUCCAAAACCUCCGAAGCGCUUGAGAGCUCUGCGCAUAUGAUUGAAGCCGAUAUUCUUCUCAGAGGUCUUGAUCCUGUAGAACCUAUAAUGGCACAUCCUCCACAAACGGACAGUGAUAUUAGUCUGCGAGACUGGCUCACACAGGUCAUAACGUCAGACAAAGGAGUAAAACUAGAUUUCAAAAGCCUGGCUGCAGUAGGUCCAUCCAUAGCUCUGCUGCAGGAGGUCCGCGCUCAGCUGCGAGGACCGGUGUGGAUUAAUGCGGACAUUCUGCCAGGACCUGGGGGGAAAGCGGUUCCUCUAGACCCCCAGGCCUUCAUCGCUGCAGUGGGUCCAACGUCUGAUAGUGAUGUUCUGUCCUUAGGAUGGACCACUGGCUGGACCCCGGACACAGAAAACCCUGGGUACAGCUGGGAAAUGGUACAUCAGAUGGAGGCAGUGUGUAAGACCCUGAAGCAGCCAGUCACCUUCCCAGUUCGAGCUUCCUUACUGGCUCAGUCCUUCCCACAGUUACAGUGGCUUCUUCAGCAGUCUGACAGGUACAGCUUGACGAUUUGGACUGGACAGAGUGACGUUUUGGAUGUGAAAGAUCUUUUGCCUUAUAGGCAGAACUUCAGCAGAACCAGGAUCUACUAUGAUCUGCUAGAAUCACAGAUCAGCCAGUUUAAAGGAUUGCCAGGCUACUCCUGAAAGAGGAUCCCUUGACACUCUGAAAUGGACAGAAUUAAU